AUUGCUGCCGUCGCGUCCGCCAGCUUGACACCGUCCAACACAUCGACCGUCAACUCGCGCUACUUCCAGGGCACGCUCCCGCUGCAAGGCCCGGGGAAUGGACAGCAGAUUGCCGAGCUGAUACCGCUGACGCGCGAGGGCGCACAACGGUCCAUCGAGGGCAAUCUCUACCGCACAAAUAGUUCCACCGUCUCCAACAUCUCGGACGGUGAGAUUGCCUACAUCAGCUGCAACCCAACCGACUACCCCGGAUUCGUGGACGCUCAGGCAGUCUUCGACCAGGCUUACGGCAACGGGAAUGCCAACAUCUCGGGCGUCAUCCUGUACAGCACCGUGACCGACUACUGCGCCUACGAUGACAACGGGUCCAUGUCCGGCUUCCCUAUCCUGUCCAUGACGAACAAGACCGACUCGGCCGCCGUCCUUGACCAGAUCGACGACCUCGCCGUCCAUAUGAAAUACUUCGUCCAGGUACAGGGCCGCGGCAAUGAUGGCAACUCCAACAGCAUACAGCAGCAGAAUCCUCUGGGUCCGUCGCCCUCGACAGCUGUUGCCAUGAUUAUCCUUUACAGCAUUACCGGUAUCAUCACGGCGCUAUUCUUGGUAAUCAUCUUGACCGGUGCUAUCCGCGCUCACCGUCAUCCCGAGCGCUACGGACCCAGAAACGUGCUGGGAAGGCCAAGGCAGAGCAGGGCGAAGGGUCUGGGAAGGGCCAUCUUGGACACCAUACCUAUCAUCAAGUUUGGCGAGAAGGAGCCGGCUAAGCCAAUAGACGUGGAGCUGGGGUCUACAAGUGAGGCCAGAGAUGUUGAUGGAGCAAACAGCACUGCUGCAGCUGCGGUUGUACCGCCUGCAACCGCUACAGUGGCCGCAACAGAAGUAACAAGGAAUGAUACCUCGGCGGCCACCGCUGAGACAACACGGGAUACACCCGCGAUGAUAGAGCACCCUGAAGGUAUCGCCGCCGCCAUUGCCCCCGCUGCAGUGGCCGGCGCCAGCACGAACAAAGCCUCCCAUGAGGACACUCUUGGCUGCACCAUCUGCACAGAGGACUUUGAGAAGGGCCAGGAUAUUCGAGUGCUGCCAUGUGAUCACAAGUUCCAUCCUGAGUGCGUGGACCCAUGGCUGCUGAACGUCUCCGGCACAUGUCCUCUCUGCCGUGUCGAUUUGCGCCCAACGAAUACCCAUGAAUCUAACGGCUCGCAAGGCGACGAACUCGCUCCACCUCUGAAUCCGGAAGCCGAGGCUUCACAUCAUCGCCGCACAGGACUCCGAGACAUACUGUUCUUCCGCUCGCAUCCCGAUGCACCGGCUGAAGAUCGCAUAAGUGCUCUACGCCGCCUGCGUGAGCAACGACGCAACCAGAGUGGGGAUGUCGCCGAGGGCACUGCCAACGCUAGUGCCGAGGAUGUUACAAGAGGAGAUCGCCGAAGCAGAAGAUUCAGCACGAGGCUCAGCGACGUCUUCAGUGGACGGACGCGUAGAGGUACAAGCCCUUCGCAGCCAGGAGGUGCCAGUGGC